CCAAUGCGCGCAUGCACAGCUGUCAGCACCAAGGACAGCAGCCGCUCAGUUUGGAGCGUCCAGCCAACGACGCAUCGGUGUGAUUAGUCCGCACAGAGCGCACGGAGCAGCGGCUGCAGGGAGUGAUACACAGCCCCGGAGAGGACUGCGCGUGGAAGUUUGAAAAUAUGGUUUGACUCGUUUUUAAAGCCGAAGGGGAGGUUGGACAAAAUCUGCGAGGGACAGCGCAAAAAAACGGCUUGACAAUGCGAUUUGGAGGACCUUAAAUGACUGCCACUAAGAUGAUCAUGCACAUUCCUCCGCAUUGCACAUAAAUCCUCCCAUUUCUUAGUCUUCUUCCCUUUCUUGGCCUGCCACCCCCGCUCUUACCGCCCACCUGGAUCGUGUCUGCAGUCGCGCAUUCAUCGGGCUGAGCCGUGCCGCUGUCCAGAAGCAGCUCGAGCCGACCCGCCACCGGAGAGGAAAGCGACCGGGUUGCACUGUGCUGUUGGGUGGUCCACACGAUGCGUCUGUUUCUGUUUGCGGUGCUCUUCUUGUGCUCCUGCGCGCGGGCCGGCUGCGAGCCGAAAAUCGUCAACAUCGGGGCCGUCUUAAGCCAAAAGAGGUAUGAGCAGGUCUUCAAAGAUGCCGUUACCCAAGCCAACCAGGUCUACGGCAGGGACAAAUUCAAGCUGACCGCCAUCUCCGUAACGCACAAACCCAACGCCAUUCAGAUGGCUCUGUCGGUGUGCGAGGACCUCAUCUCCAGUCAGGUUAGUUUGCUUACACUUCUGCAAACAGCUGCCCUUAAACAAUCUUAUAUUAUAGCCUUCAUAGCACACAUGCACAAACUGAAAAGCUGAGUGUUUUGGAGGGGAUAGCCAUGUGCAUUGCUUUAGAAAGUUGGUUCUUCCAGGAAACAUUUCAUGGAUCAGAUGUGUUUUCUCACUCGAGGGCCACAAAAGUGAGCAGAGCGCAUUUCAAGUGGUGAACCUUAAUCCAGAAUAGCAGGUUACACUCAGAGGAAACAUGUUGCCAAAUCUAUUAAUCAAUCAACUCAAUACUACAGGUUUGCCAUUUGUAUAACUUUGCAUCCCCUUGCACACAUAACCCAAAAAUGUAGUCCACCUUGUAUAGUUCUAAUAAAGAGAACUCCCUGCAGACCCAUCUGCUUUACAGACAUCCAAAAAUAGUCUUUGGUUUGAGGCAUAUCUCGGAUGAGAGGGCAUCUGUGGGCUGCAUUUCAGGACACACAGCUGCAGAUCUACUGAGCUGCACGGUAACCGGCGAGGAGUGAAAAUGUGUGAUAUGUCAUUCGCGAUUAAGAACUUGGCUUUCAUUUGGGUGCGUGUGCGUGCUGCGUGAAAACAUUCUGGCAAAGAAGAGGCUACGGCGGCCGCAGACGGUUUGAGUUUCUGUAUGCUGUCCUGCAGGGGUGGAUCAGUCACAGGGCUGCAGACUGUGUGACAUGGUGCGAGGAUAACAACUGUUUUCAUAAGUAUGAGCGUCCUGUUUUAAAAGCGCUUCAAUGCAGGGUUACCAGCUGUUUAACAAGCUGAAAGGUUCGCUCCAUAUGUUCAGCACAUCUACAAGACAAAACGUAUUUCAUAAGUAAUACAUGAAGACUGUAUGUGCCUCUGAGCACAUUGAAAUGUAGGGACCAUCCACUCUUGUGAUGCUCUACAUGGCUUUUAAAAACAUUAUGUCACAGCGUGCUGGGGCGUGAAGUCCUCUCGCUCUCACCCUCUUUCUCCCACACACGUAAUUAAGCUUCAUGAGAACAAAAAAAAACAACACCCACAGUUUCAGAGCUGUUUCAUGUUCUUGUCCUCUGCUUGGUGUAAUGACGCUAAUUGAUACAAGUCUGCAGAGCAAGUCCUUAGCACCCAGUCUCCUGUUAUAUGUUCACUUAUGAAAUCCACCGUUAGGCUCGCCACACAACCAAACAUAUCUCGGAAGUGAGGGAGAAUUUAAUCUUAUCUCCAAACCCAAUUUCACCAGAGUUGGUAAACAGUUUAAAAUGUUCGUAUAAAUUACACUUUUGAUAGAAAAUGCUUCAAAGAUAACACCUGAUGAUGCUUGUUAAAUGGAAAAAUAUAUGGUCCUUCAAAAUACCAUGCUGGGAACACAAUUUCAAAACAAUCAGGACAGGUCAUGUUAACCAUUUUGUAGUAAAACGUCUUGUUUUAACAACACCCUUUAAGCAUUUACCAAUCCUAUUGUUAGGAUGAGUUUCUUUAGCCAGUCAUGUCAGCCUUCAGAGUGCUGGAGCUGUGUCACUCAAAUACCUCAGAUACUUCAGUGUUAGAUUGCUGGAGCUGGGGGCCUCUGACAACCAUCCUCCACAAGGACCUUGUACCCAUGUUUUACAUCACACAGGUCCCCAAAAUAUGUUCUGUCAUGGUAUUUCCUUCUAUGGACCUUCCAUAUGUUCACCUAAAGCUCCUUAAAAUAUGUUGUCCUUUGUUCUUACCGUACAUGGAUUUUUCUUAGGGUCAACUAAAUGUCAGCAGUAUGUUAAGAAAUGUGAACAGCUAUAUAUACUUGAACGGUCUCAGACCAAUCUUUGUUACACUUUGUUAUGCUUGUGGCAUGCUGAAGCCGUACCUUCCAUUUCUUAUGGUGUGAACAUGGGCUAGGCAUCCUUACAACUAUCCAGUUCAACUUCAAUUAACUGAAGCUGCCAACACUUCUGAAUCAUGUUUUCAUGUGGUGUUCUCAUUCCACUUUACAGUUUCAACCCACAUUUAUAGAUGCAUUGACAAACUAUGUUUGCUGACAAUGAUUUUGAAUUACCUUUAAAGCCCAUGUAGUGAUUUGCACUGCAGAGUCAUGUCUUAUUUUAAUGCAGUGCCACUUGAGGGCCAUAAGAUCAUGAUCAUCCAGUAUUGAUCCUCUCCUUUUCCACAUACUUUGCUCACACAGUCUCUCACAGGGUGGCAAUCUCCUCCCAUCUUUACUUUUAGAGGCUUUUUCUUCCUGGAAAGCCUUUUAUAUACUCUGUGAUGUUACUUACUUGUUUGAUAUUACAGCUGGUACUGAGCUUAAAAACAUCCUUUUUUUCAUAAAACAAUGUAAUUUAUCGUCAUUAAACUUUUUUGUGGUAAAUAUAGGGUUUGAAUUGUUCAGAAAUCAUCACAUUUCGUUUUUAAUCAACAUUUUUUCACACCAUCAUGACUCUUAUGGAGCUGAGGUCGUAAGCGUAGUAGAAUCACACCUCUUGUCGACCAAAGCUCAGAUGAGACUGGCUUGUAGGCGAUGAUGGGUACUGAGAAGGAAAGUGUAUGGCAGAUGGACGAGUAGAUGCCUGGGAGCAGUCCUUGGAAGAUAGACCCCAUUUCUGACCCAACCAUACGGACUGCUCACAUCCAAUAAUCCAUGCUCGCUCAGCUCUGCCAGCUUUAUUCCUCCUCUGUCACAUCUCUGAGGCAUUUCCCAAGGCUGAGCUCAGAUAUUCUCUCUCUAUUGAAGAAGUUGUCCAGCUUAUUGCUGGGAUGAGACAAAACCAAACAGCCACAAAUUAGUAUUAUUCUGUCAGCCCACACAGUCAGGACAUUUCGAACAAAGGAAACCAUUUCUUUGCUCUUCUUCUUCUUUGUCGUCGAUGAGUUUGUCCUUAACUGGAUUUUAUGUAAAUGUUCACAGUUAAAAAAUGUUAUUUUUAACUUGUUAUACAACAUUUUAGGGCAGCAGUCACAGCCAAUGAAGGAUGACUGUGUUUUAUUUAGCACACACAAGUGUAAUUUAUCUUGAGGGAGAAAAAAAACAAAAAAAACAAUGUUUCAACCAAGGCUGGACUACAGAGCUGCCAGAUUCUCAGUGGCCUCAAAUGCCCUAGAUUCAGCACGGCAGCCAGCUUGCAAUCAUUUUAUUGAUUUUAAAUAAUUAAAACAGCUCCUGCAUUUAAAGCUAUCGUUACGACUCUGCCUGAACGCCAUCGUCAUGCAAUGUUGACAUCUGAACAGGACUGAGUGAGCUUUGAAAGUAUUCAACCUGAGACAUGUCAAAGGCUGCUCCUCAAACAUGUAAAAGCUCUUCCUUGAGUCGAGACAGUGUACAGCACUUUGCAUCUUACGUUGUUUAACAUCUUAGACCGUCCUGUCCUGCUGUUUUCUUGCAGAUAGCGUGCUUCCUUGAGCUUGUGAAAGAUUCAUUUAACUUCUAAUAAGUGCACAUGGAUGCUGGGUGAACAUGUCUAAGCUAUUCAAAUAUUGUUCAGUUUAAAAGGAAAUAGAAGAUAACAUGUUGUGUUACGUGAUUUCCCCCCCUUUUUUUUAUCUUCCAGUGCUUUUGAUUAAAAUAUCAGACAGAAUUUACAAAGAAUGUAAUCAAAAAUACUCAUAAAAACAGUUUUUUAUUGUUUGUCAAAAUACAACAUCAGAUCUUGAAAUUUUAAAAUUAAUGACAUAUACUCAUACUACGAGUAUAUACUCAUUUGAACUCUAAAGCAUCACUUCUUUUUACAAUUCUUUGUAUGCUUUUGGGAGCUCAGUCCAGUUCUUCUUUAAUGACCUCAAGGCCAGGGAAAUCAUUGUUUAUAUCUUUGAAUGGAACAGUUUUAACCUUUUUGUGCAUACAGUGACAAACUAUGUUCAUGGACUAUGGUUUUGGGUGUAAUUUUGAGCCCAUGCAGUGAUUUCCACUACAGAGUCACUUCAGUUUUUAAAGCACUACCACCUUAGGGCCUGGAAACCCACGUCUGUGAGUGCAGUGACAAACCGUUUUCAUAGUCAAUGGUUUCUGAGUGUAAUUUUUGAGCCAAUGCAGAUUAAAUAUUAAUGACAUUUAAAAAAAGCAAAACUACAGUAAAUGAGAACAGUGUUUGUAAAAGUGGGAGUCCCAGCCCUCGAGGGGUCAUCAGGGGUAAAUGUAACUCGGAUAAAAUCAAGAUCCACUUAUUGAAGCUACACAGAAAUUACAGAGACGUUUGCAUCCACUCUACACUCUACAUAUCCUUCACUGUGAUAGAAGAGGAGCGCUGUUAGGUUCUGAGACUGCUGUGAAAACUCAUACAGAAGGAACUACAAAGAGAAGAAAUACAAGCUGAAGUAGUGAAUGUCUGACAAGAGAGAAAGUACAAACAGAUGAGCAGUGAUAAUAUUGUUGAAAGUCAAAACACCCAAAUCAUAAUUACUUUUUUUUAAAGCAUAGAAUUAAGUAAAGUAAUAAGUUAAAGUUAUCAUAAAAUAAGUAAAGUUUAAUAAAAAUAAAAGGGGAAUCCUGCAUCUCACUUUUUGCCCUGAACACCAUCUAGGAGGUGAACACAACCCUAUUUACAGGGCGUUUCUUGUCUUAAACCAUUUAUUUCUCUUUGACAGGCUGAAAUAAAGUUUAGUUUAUGUAAAUACCACGCAGUCAUGCCUUGUAAGUGCGUAGCAAAAGAUGUUUUUCUACGUUAACCGCUUGUCGACUUGCGUUUGUUGUUUUUACAGCCCACAGCAAAAACAUGUCAGCAACACUUAAAUAUACAUUUUUAGUCUUUUUGUUGUGAGCAGCUGUUUGUCGUUGACAUUAUAAGAAUUCAUAUUUACUGCGUGCUUUUAGUCCAUAUGUAGAAACAGGGCACCCUUCCAUUAACAUGCGUGUGUGAUGAUAGUUUAAAUUUGACUCUAUGUUAGUAGUGAUCUCAGUUUGCAAUAAAGAAAGAAUGAAAGAGAAUCUGCAGCACAUUUUAAUUGGAUAUCAUAGGGACUUAAAUCACAAUGCAAUGUCUCUAUUCCAGUGUCAGGAUGAUAAAUCAUUUUCUUCUUCAUCUCUGCAGGUCUACGCUAUCCUGGUGAGUCACCCUCCCCAGUCCAAUGACCACCUCACUCCGACGCCCGUCUCCUACACUGCAGGCUUCUACCGCAUCCCCGUGGUGGGACUCACCACCCGUAUGUCCAUCUACUCCGACAAGGUGAGUGAUGGAUGAUAGUCGGAGAUGUUCGGAGAGAUAUAGAGGGAGGGAAACGGGAUGAGAGCGCAUACAGACAGAGGCAGUAAGGAGCUCCCCAGGGGCGGCUUCAAAAGCUUCCUAGAUUAAACAUCCCAUCACUGUCCAUUAGAGCAGCUGUGAUUAAAUGGGUUUCCAACUGAAAACUGAAAGAGCAUCAUUAAUAAUGCCCCUGACCUUAGUUAAUGUUUUUAUGAAGCACAAGUCACUAGAAUGAAACUUUAAAGAAGUCAAAGAAAUAAAAUGCUGCAAUCUUCGAUAACUCAAUUUAAAAACUAUUCAUCCUGAUCAUACCAGUUCAAGUUCAUUAGACGCAUGAAAUCUAGAGACUUCAGCGAAUCUGUAUGGAUUUUUUAUGGCAGUUUCUCCAUCAGUGGUCUGGUUUGACAUUUGUACCGCACCUGUAAUGAAUUAGUUUUAUUACUGCGCAUGGUCUUUUUCUUUCUGAAGCACUUGCAGCUGCAGGCGCUCUCAAACUUCAGCGUACUGCACGUCUAUGUCUCCGGCAAACUGAACCUUACAACCAUCUAUCAUUAGGGAAAACGUCAUUCAAAAACUACAAGUCUUAUUCUGCUCCUAUUAUAGCCUCCUGUGAGUACUUCCAUUCAACAACAAGAGCAUGAGAAAACACUUUCAAGAUAACACAUCAAACGCUUUUCUGUCUGCUGACGUAGCGUCUUACACACUGUUACUAAACACUGUCCGAAAUAAUCAAAUCUAUUCUUAGUUUUUAAGCUCAACAGUAAAGGUUUGGUUACAGGACUCCAUUUAAUCAAUCUGACCUUUUACUGAUCCUCAGAAAUAUCCAAACCUCUUUACUUUAUGCAUGAUUUUGACACUGGGAGCAUUUAAAAACUCUACUUCCCCCACAAAAAGCCUCAGUAGAGCAGACAUAAUUUCAUUUCAACAAGCUGUAUGACCAUCAAAAUGAAGCUGUUUCUCUUUCACCCAGGAGACUGCUGUGUCCUGAAUAAAAUCAAAAAACAGUGUGAAUGUAGCCAAAAAAGUGACCUUUUCUUGAUCCGAGCGAGUCAUGUUUGCGCCUGAAGCAAAACUAAUAUGUUGGCCUCACGUAGUGAUAUCGGAGCACAGAGCGGAUAUCAGAGUGUGUUUAUGUUUUGACACACUGUACAGAAAAAAGGAAGUGUACCUCCCUAAACAGAUGAUGACAAAUAAACUGAGAAUCAUGCUUCACUGAGGUUAUAAUCAGGGAUGCAUGAGAUGGAUUUUUCUGAGGCUAUAUCCAUAAUUAAUAGCAACUUGCAUCUGAUGGAAAAUAUCCACAAGGUUACCAUUUUUGUUUUUUAUUCAUGUAUUUUAAAAUGUAGUUUAUGCACACCUCAGGGUAAGAAAGCCAAAAUUUAAUGAGCAAAGAUGCAUGUUUGCUAAUAUUUUUACACUUUGCAAAAUCUGGGCUGGAGAACUUUUGUCGGUGCAAGAAACAAAAAAUUAGCAGUGGAAAUUUAAUAAUGUGAAAGCAAAACACAAAAUACUUAAUAAAACAAAAUAAAUGUUUUAUUCCGCUUGAGACUCACAUCCUGAACAGAUUUAAUCUGUUAUUUUCACAGAGUCAAUUCACGGCUGAGCAGUUAAAUAAGAUAAAAGAACAAAAAGCUUUAACACCUAAACUAAAUGUAGACUUCCUGAAGUAUUAAAAUCACCUCACAAACCGUGCUGUUGAAUGAACACUAUAAUGUAUAAUUAAGUUACCUAAAAAGGCAAACGUCCUUUACUGAAAGGCAUCCAGAGGGUUUCCUUUAUGAGGAAGAGAAAGGAAUCCAGAGGGCUCUCUCUUAUACUUUUAUGCACUGGAAUAAAAAGUGUUUUGAGCAGGCAGGGCAUCCAGAUUAUUUCUUUUUUUAUGCACUGGAAAGGCAUCUGAAGGUCACAAUUUUUUACAUUUCAUCCACUGGAAGGGCAUCCAGAGAUUUUUUUAAAGAUAUAUAUUUUUAUCUAUUAAUUAAUUAAUUGAUUAAUUAAUUUAUUUUUUUGGAAGGGAAACUAGAGGGAAUUUUUCAACUUUUUAUCCACUGGAAGGGCAUUCAGAGAUUUAAAAAAAAUGUAUUUUCUUUUAUUCAUUUAUCUAUUUAUUUUUGUUGGUAGGGAAACUAGAGUGAACUUUUUUUUUCUCCUGGGAGGGCAUCCAGACAAUGUUUUAUCAAUGCUUUUUGCACUGAGAGAGAACUUAGAGGACACAUUUAAACAUUUUAUUUCCUGAAACAACAUCCAAGGGGACUUUUACUACAUUUGAUACUGGACAUUUGGGAGGGCAUUCAGAAGAAUCCCUUUGAAUACAUUUGAUGCACUGGAAAAGGCAUCUAGAGGUCACAUUUCUAUGUGUCAUUUACUUAAUGGGCAUUUCAAAGAUAUUCCUUUCUGUUUCAGCCCAUGAAAUGACAUCCAGAGGGCAUGUUUUUACAUUUUGUAUGCAGGCAGAGCAUUGAAAGGGCGUUUUGUCAUGUUGCAGCAUUUAGAGGAACUGCUAUGAAAGUUGUAUUUCAUGCGUUUUCUAUAGAAAGGGCACCAGUGAUGUCUACUGUAUUUUUAAACAUAGAGUAAAGUCAGGGAUGAAAUUGUUCGAUUCUGGAGGCUUCUGACAAAAAUGACAACAUGACACAGUGUGACAGUUCCCAUGAAAAGACAACACUUGGACAGUGCUGUUUUUUUAAGGGGUCCCCAUGAGGCUAAAUUACCAGUUAACUAGAGUCAUGAUGACUUCUGCAGCCAGAGGUCUUUGCCAACCGACCCUGUCACUUUGCCUGGAUUUUAAGUCGCUGUAAUGGGCUCGGCUUGGUGCACAGGGGCAUCGCUAUCUAAAAACAGAAGAGGAUAAUUCCCAACUGUUUCAACAAAUGCUAGAGGACAGUGGUGUUCACAUACCUGUCCAGAGUGGACCCUUGUGGUUGUUUGUUUCUGCUGCUUUGCACACGUUUGAGAAUUAUGAGUCAUGCUGAAAAACUCAAAGUGUUAUGACAACCUGAUAAGCUGUGCUUUGUGCUUCCUGCUCCUCAGAGUAUCCACCUGUCCUUCCUGCGGACAGUCCCUCCGUACUCCCACCAGGCGCACGUGUGGUUCGACCUGAUGCGAGAGUUCAACUGGAACCACAUCAUCCUGAUCGUGAGCGACGACCACGAGGGGCGGGCUGCUCAGAAGAGGCUCGAGACCCUGUUGGAGGAGAGAGAAACAAAGGUGAGACGCUCCAGCUCGCCAGCAGGGUGUGUGAGCAUGAGCGCGUGAGUGUGUUAGGGCUUUAAAAAAACCUCAGUAGUCUUCUAUGUAUGUAACUGUUUCCUUUCUGUUGUGUGGCCACAUCUCUUUCUCACCAUUGUGUAAACAUUGGCUAACAUUCCUAGAGGCAUCAACAGCGUCUAAUGUGGUCUAAUCUGACAAAAGUUUGUAUGUUUAUUUGCUCAUCUUCACGUUGCUUUUCACCAUAGUCCAAAUUCAGUGUCUAUCCACAAUGGGAGCCAAAUAGUGGACUUUAACUUGGGGCUUUGCAAACCAUCACAGACAGAAGGGAUUUAUUAAGACCUUGCAGGAAGUCAGGCGUUUUCUGUCCUCUCUGAGUGUGAUGAACGGCCGGCCUCAUUAUUGUGCACACAGGCCUUGUGUCUGUUAGACCCUGCUUGGUUAUGUUCACAUGGGAGAGGGUUUUUUUUGUGGGGCCUUUUCAGAUACCGCUGAUGCAUCCAUUUUAAGUGUAGCUCUGAGCCGCGAAUAUGGGUCAGUGAAAUGCUGAUCGUCUUUGAGCCAAGACAGACUUGAGACCGCGAUGAACAGUGCCCUUUAGGAACUGAGACUGAGACAGAAAAAGGAAAACAAGUGCCAUCUAUUGCUUCCUUUUAAUAUGACGAAAUCACCUUGGGAUAUUUUUUCCCAGUAUCCUCUGUGAUACUCGCCCCUCUCUGGGGCUCUUUGCUGUAAUUGUGCUGCAGAGUGAAAUGAGUCCUGAUUCUGAGAUUUUAAUUAAAUCAAAAGAGGAUGAGACGCUCUGUCUGACACACACCCGAGGUAAUUCACAGACAAGCUGCAGUUAAAGCAAAAGCUGCUUAAAUUAAAUGACCGGGAUCAGUGCAACCACAUCCACGCAGUUUAAAUACUGUGAAAUCAUCAAGAUGCAACUCACAUCCUGCACCGGGGAGGGGAAAUUUGUGUUUUCAAAGCCUUUUGAUGAGAUUUCAGGAAGUUCCUUUUAUGUUUGCAUCAUCUGAGUUCAGAUCUCAUUACUAACCCGUCUGUUCAUCCCACUUAAUCCCAUCAUGCUGAAAGAAGUUACUGCAACUCUCUCUACUAUGAGGCUUUCAUUAUGCAUACGUUUAGAUGUGACUGCAGGGCCAGACUUAGCAUUUUAAGGCCCCCGAGCAGGAAUUAUGAGAGACUCUCUCCAAAAGUGCACCAAUAAUUAAAGUGAAAGGCUCGCAAGAAACUGAAUGAAUCAUCUGUUGAUAUUUUUUCUUUUAUGGUCUAUUUAAAAGACCGAGGCACACAAUAUCUGGCUUAAGAUUACAAAUAUUAUUUUUUUAGUAAGGGCUAAAUACAUCUACAAGUACUUUAUUUUGACUUAAUCUCAUACAAACACAGUUCUGCUGCACGUAAUGCUCACUAAAGCAGUAAAUGUGUAUUAAUCCAUGGCUAAAAAUAGUCCCCUUUAACGGCUCGAGUUUCUCCUGUUUGCGUGAUGUUUGCUUAAAACUCCAGAGCCCAGCUGUUUUAGGACAUUACUGAGCUUAACAAUACAAUGAAUCUGGAUAUUUUUGACCUUCUUUUCUAGAUUAAUGUCUUUAAAAGAACCAGUGAGCUCAGGAUUAGAUACCACUGACAGUUCUUUAGAUUUGUACACAGUUGGUAAAACAUAUCCACCUGCCAUCUCUUGGGGAUAAUUCUCGGCAAGGUUCUCAGGAGGUGUUCUUUAAAGGCGCUGUAAGGAAGUUUUGUGCUGUGUUGGUUUUGGUGAACCUCUUGAAUGAAAUCAGCACGACUUUUGUGAUUUGAGGACUUCAACUCCCAAGAGCAAUGCUGCAUUUGAGUUACCUCAGAAGUCAGAUGUCGGAGCUGAAAAUAUCGUCACACCAGAGUUACCAGUGUUUUAGUUACCAAGUGAGAAAAAAGAUAAAUCUGAGGCCUGAAACAAGGUGGCUACAUCUUUGAAAGUUAUUUUAGCGCUUGCCUUGUCCGAAUAUAAGGAAAGCGCUAAAAUAAACCCUGGGAACUGGGAACAUUUUCGGCUCCGACUUCUGACUUCCGAGGUAACUCCAACGCGGCAUAAGAUGUUUUUACUGCUAGCUAGCUUACAAAAAGUGACCAGACACAUUAGCAGCGCUAGUUUUUAUGCUGUGUCUAGGAAAUCUAGGAAAUCUUACUUGUGUACCAUCUUUUUCCUUUAGACAAAUGAUAUAUUUUUUAAAUUUAAUAACAGGAUUAAAGGAUACAUUCGUCUUUAAUCCAUAGUCUAAAGUGACAUUUGUACUGUUCUGGUAUAGUGAGUAAAAAAGGUAAUAUUUAGUAAUAUCAAGCAGUUAUGUUUAAAUUACACCUCUUCCUUGCUCACCCCUCCCAUCAGUGAAACAACGGUGGCCUUUGGGGACAAGAAGCUCCAAUGAUUCAUCACAUUUGAUCCUCUUUUAGUCACAUUUUCCCAAUCAAAGAUGUUUAUCAAAACACAUUCUUUCGCAGACACUAGUUGAAACCUACUUAUGAAUAUUAUUUUCUUGCUCUACUAAAUGUUGCCAAAUACCACAUACUGCACCUUUAAACAUUGAAUUUUUGGCUAGCUAAUGAAAUGUUAGUUGACGGGCUGUCAUUAGUCUUUUAGAUUAAAAAACGUCUCAAUCUAACGUAACCCAUUACAGCCACAGUGACUUGAUAAGGGUCUUUUUGUCGAGUUUCUCAAUCUAAGACAAUACGUCAUCAGGAGUUAUUGCUAAUCCUGCCCCAUAUCAGGCAUGAAUACAACACAUUAUGUUUGUUUUUUUUAAACUUUUGCCUCUAUUAUGAGUUUGUUUUCAUGGUGCAAAGCUUCACACCUCAGCUGUUACUGCAGUGACAGUUUGCCUAUUUAAGGUGAUCGUUUAUACAUGGCAGAUUGCAGCCCUGUCUCAUUAUACUCUCAUUAAAACUCAGCGGUGUUAUCCCUGCUAAUUCCUCACUGUGCUGCAUUAAGUUGGUACAUUUACAUGAUAUUUUUAGCAGUGCAGCGUGUCGUUAGCGAGGUCACACAGUCGCAUGGGGAUCACUGUCACCACCAGCAGAGAGGCUCUGGACACAGGGACUCACUCAAAGUGCAAAGUCGACCUACGCUACUUGAAAUAUUAAUGCUUCACUGAGGGUACAAAAAUAGAGUGCUGGGAAAAUCUCCAGAGUAAAAAAAUAAAGGCUGUGUUUUUUUUGGCCACAGUGCUGCAGGAUGUUACUCACAGAAAAGAUCUCUGCAGAGUGCGUACUAAGAAUACGUCGUAUUCAGAGAAAACAUACAGGGGGGAUCUCUGGGUUUAAUUCCAUGUUUACUUAUAUGUUGCGAGUGUUGAGUUAUGAUGGACUCAUUUUCACUCUGUAUGAAAUAUUUGUUAAUGAAAAAAACAGCCAGAAAAUCACAUAAUUUUUAACAUUUUCUAGAAAAAAAAGAGAAGAAAAAACAAUAUCCUUUUUUUACCUCUUUGACAAUCAGUUCUUGAGUUUGUAUCAUAUCGACUUCUUAAUUUGAGAUUACUAUGAUUAGGAUUCAAAAUUACCUUUCAGUUUUUUCAAUGAUUUUACUAAAACACAAAAGGUUACAAAGGCCUUGACUCAUAGCAGAAAUCAGACAUGUUUCUAAGUUGUGAAUGGAGGAGUUUUACACUGGUGUUUACUGUGAAUUUACCUGUCAGCUCUAAUACUGCGCUGCUGCACUAACGUCAACCUGGCUGAGGGAGAGAAAUGGACCCUGAGUGCACUGAGGUGUGAGCCGUGAAUCCGGGCAGCUGUGAAGGAAAGCCUGUGAGGCAGAGAGAUGAUGUGUUUUCCUGCAAAAUGGCUCCUCGUGCAUGAGAGGAAACCUGACUGGAGACUAAAAUGGGGACCUCAGGUGACCAAACAGAGUUGAGCACACUCGGGUCGGAGUCAGUGUGUUGUUUUUGACAACACACUGCCACACUAAGAGAAAACGUAUCAGCUCUCCAAGGAUAUCUUUUCUUUUCCUCUGAAGAUUUAGAGCUGUCUUACUCUUAAUAAUGCUCAAUUAAUCAAGCUUUCUUUAUAUUGCACAUUUUAUACAAUUCAAAUGAGAGUCUAAGUGCCUUACAAGGAUUGGAAAAAUGAUAACAAAACCUGAGAAAAAUUGAAAACAGAAUAGAGAAAUGUACACCAUAGAAAAAAAAGUUCAGAACAUUAAAUACAACCAGUUUAAAUAAUAAUACGCCAGGUAAAAGCAAAGGGUUUAAACUGAAUUAAAGCUCUAAUAAAUGUCAUCAAAAUGAGUGAUUAAAAAUUGAAUAAAAAUGAAUAAAACAAAAGAGAUAUAAAACAUUUAAAUGUAGAAAUAUGAAACUUUACAUCAAAGCCAGACUGAAUGAAUCAAUUUUUCAUUUAGGUUUAAAGUCUCAGUAUCUCCUCUCAGAUGGGUUUUCCAGUGUCUCAGAGCUCAGCAGCUGAAAUCAGCAUCACUAAAUGUUUUAGUUCUUUAUUGUAAAGCAGCUGACAGAGAGGAGCUGGAGGAUCUGAAGGGCCUGGUUCAGCUCUAUGUAGUCUAGCACAAAGCCAUGCAUGACCUAAAAGACUGUUAAAGAAUAUUUAGAAUCAAUAAGAAAUCCAGUGUGGAGAUUUUAAGAAAGCUGUAAUAAUGUGUGCUCUCCUUCUAGCCUUUGUCAACACUCUUGCUGCUGCAUUGUGGCUGGUUUAUUGUAUUCUUUGGUCAUCAUUAGUCUCUUUGUGUUGCACCGGGGGAGAAACUACAUGAUUACAUUUAAUUGUGAUAAGGACCUCUAUGGUUGCUUACUCCAGCCUGCCAGUUAUCAGCCCAAUAACACUAGAUACUGUUGUAGAUCAGCACAUGCUCACUCUGUCCCUCUGCUUUACUAACACACACACCUGGACCUCCUGCUCUCUGUUGCUUUGUUGAAAAUGUAUUUCGCGACUGAUUAUGAAACAGACCGGUGUUAUCAUUGACACCAAUUUACAUCUCAUGAAAGCAAACCAGACCAUCAGUGAUGAUAAUGAGUAUUUCUAUAUUCCAUUUCAAUACUUCCACUGGGAGAAAGAAGGUGUUAGACAACUUACAGCAUGCUGCAGAAACAGCAUUUCCCAGUAUAUGUGUUAUUUUUAUAUAUAGAAAAUAAGAGCCAUGUCUCCCAAACGUUAGUUUUUAGUUCUCCACACAGACACACAGAGAAUGGAGGUUUUAAAAAUACCUCUAUUUUCAGUGACCUACAACUGUUUGCCCGUGUACAAAAGGCCACAUUUCACAGGAAGAGCUACGUUUGCAAAAAUACUCAUGUGGACAAGGUCUGACAGGGUGUGUUUGUGCAUCUGUGCAUGUGUAAAAAAGAGAUCAGAUCAGUGUUGUUUGAGAACAAAGCUAAAUAUCAGUCUGAGAGCACACACAGAGCGAGAGCAAAAUAUACCUUCAACCAUGUGUAAAUCCAACAAGGUGACACAGGUCUUAAAAUGCUUUUUAACUGAGCUGCCCUAUAGUUGACCUGUAGAGUUUUCUAUCUGUGGAGCAUGCAGUUUGGCGGUCAAUAAUUGCCAUCAAUUGCCUAAUUCCUGAUCUUGAUUAAAGUUUGAUUAAUUGUUCAGGCUCACUCCGAGGCGGUUGUGUUUGUUUAUUGAAAGUUAAGUUUGUGGCUGAGCAGGAUUUGUUUCCAGUGUUCUUAACAAGUAAUGAGCUACAUUCAACAGGCUUGCAGGUUUAUCUCAGAGUAUUUUGCAGUGAUUAUUUCAGAGUCACAGUGUUGGUACAAUUACAGACAGACUGUGUAUUGAACAGAACGACCGCACUUGAUCGUUUCAGCUAGUAUUAAUGAUUUUGGUGUUAUCCUAGGGCGGUUGUCUCUGAUGUUUUUGCAAGCCCCACUGUUAAGGAUCCCAAUUUGAAGCAGAAAAGUGGAGAUUUGUUGGAAUGCUUUACUGCCCUCCAUUUUCAACUGUUUAUAAUAUUUUUCUGUGUCUGCAUAUUUUCUCUGUGCACAUUACUCAUCAGAAUAAAAAAAGGAACUAUGAAAACCUCGACCAACUGUCCUAUGACAACAAGCGAGGACCUAAGGUAUAUUUGCAUGGUCAAUGCACGCCGCCCACCAACUUUUCCAAUCGUAGCAACUAGAAACCAGCCCAAACCAGUCACCAGCCGACCCAGAAAUGUCCCUCUCUUGGUAGCACGUGUUUUCUUUAAUUUUUUACUUUGAGACAUUUCCCUAUGAUUUAAAUGAAGAAUGAUUUUUGUUAUGAAAAAUCUAUAAUUUUCGGUCAUUCCAGAAAAAAAAAAAACAGUGAACAGCGCCCCGCUUUUAUCAUUUUCAUUUUCUCCUUCAAUAAAGGAAUGCAUGUACUCUGAACACACACACUCACACUCAAAAAGAGUUUGCAAGUUCAUUCCUUUGUGGAGAACCGGUAGUGUGGGACAAAGCCGUUUCCCAGAUGCUACUUCCUCCUGUUCUGUAGCACCUCCCUGAUUUUCAGCAGUUUUUUGUUGGGGGAAAAAGUCCCCCUCACCCCCUUCACCCGUUUUUAGUUACUGGUUGCAUUGACCUUCUUCUACCCCUCUACCUAACACAUGCACGUCCUUCUUUGGAGCCUUGAUAACCCUCAGUUUGCAUGCAAACAAAUGCAAAAGUUUUUUUUCCCUUCAAGCUUUUUUUUUUUUUUUAGUUCAGCCGGUUCCCCUGGAUCGCUUUCCUUUUUAUCUCUGUCUCCCGUUUCCAAAAAAAAAAAAACAUAUAUCGGCCAAGCUCGAACCCAGCAGGUAAAGAGGCAGCAUGGUGUCUGAGGUAGGGAAAAGUAGCUGGCUUGACCUUUCUUAUGCCCCGAUCACAGGCAGAGAAAGUCCUCCAGUUCAGCCAGGAGACUAACUUAACUGCUCUGCUGCUGGAGGCCAAAGAGCUGGAGGCCCGAGUCAUCAUCCUGUCCGCCAGGUGAGAUAUCUAAACAUUUUACGAAGACAUCUUGUUUAGUGACAACUAAAUGACUAACAGUACUUUCUUGUUCUUGGUGUUUAAAUGGGGCCUGCAACAAUCAUGGGUUUGGUAUGGCUUUUAAAGGUCUUGGAGGUGGUUUUACAUCAGCAAUGUGUUGACGCUCUGAUCAGAACACAACGUUCUCCAGGGUAAAAAAAUAAUUCUUUCACCCUGGUAGAGAGUGUUCUGGCAGAAAGCCCCCCGGGCUAUCUUCUGCUGCAACCCAGAUGGUCUCAAUGCUCUUCAAAACAUGCAGUGCAGUGCAGUGCUACAUCCUGCAAACCCAUCCUGUACUUCUAGAGCGUCUUAGGCAGAUUUUUGGGAUGCUGUAAGGUGUCCCAGUUGCCGCAUUGGUCGAUUUAGGUCAUUUUUCUAACUUGAAGUGUACGCUCUGAUCUGAUUCUAGCAGCAGGGAUGUAAGCACUGCCAGGCUAAAGCUGAACCUCAGUGCCUGAAUCAGUAAGGCAGCUGAUAGUUACUCUCUUUUUCCUGUAGUUUUCUGUCUGUUUCCAUAGCAACAGCUCUCCCGUUACGUGAUAAGUACAUAAAAAAUAACUUAAAAAGAUUAAAGAUAUUUUCACUAAAUUUUUGGAGAAGCUGAAUAAAACGCCUAAACAUCUAUGUCUACAAUAAACUAGUUUUCUUACCAUUAAUGAAACAGGCUGAUGUGAAGAACUUCUUCUAUGACAAAACAAAUAACCUUACAGAUAUAUCUGAUGCCAUUUUCAUACUUGAUGGUGGUAUUCACUUCGUAAAAUGCAACAUAUGUUAUUCACGUGAACUAAAUCUGAGUAUUUUGCCUGUAAAUGUAUGUAUUUUGUUGAAGAUUGUGGUCUAUAACUGAGUCCGCCCACAGCCUGUGUAAGAGUCAGCAUUAUAUUAUGGUAAUUUUCCCUGCAUGGGAGACUUGACUGCCUCUGCAAAUUUGUCUAAAAUAUAUCUGGGCUGGCAAUCAACCCAAAUGAGCUCAGCAUAUCAGAAACCAGCAAAGACUCAAUAUUCUACAUCCCUAAUUAAGACAUCCAGUAUCAAUAGCGCAAUUUGCCGUAAUCAGUUGGACCCGUAUCAAUCCUGUAAAACCGUACAUUAAUCAAUCACUCCCACAAUGCCUUUUAUUUCACUCUGCAGAGUCCGAUGUAGUUCACCGAUCUUGUGCCUUUUGUUUUCCCAGUGAGGAGGACGCCGCUGCAGUGUACAAGGCGGCCCGCUUCCUCAACAUGACGGGCUCAGGCUAUGUAUGGCUGGUGGGCGAGCGGGAGAUGUCGGGUAAAGCCCUGAGCGAGGCGCCAGACGGUAGGUUUCAUCCAGCAGAGAUCAGUGGGAAUAGGCGAGUUAACCACCGGCUUUACUUGCAGGCCGAUCAUAACACUGACAGGAUUAGUGGGAUUAACCGUUAAACGAUGGAUGCAUUACAUGAUUAACUGUAUGACUGCUUGUUUUGUGUUGAGUAUUUAAACAUUUAAGCAUUACAUGUUUAAAGGUUUAAAUGCACUUAGUAUCUACGGUACAUUUCUAGUUUUGCUGUGUAUUUCCUGGAUAAUCCAAAGGUUCAAUUCAUUGUGCUAUUCUGCCGUAUUAAUACCCUGGUUUCUAAUGAAUUAUGAAGGGAGAAUUUUGGGACAGAUAGCUGAUAGAAUGGUAAGCUACAACAGAGUUUUUUUGUCUCUAUUCCUGGGUUUCUCACACAAGUCUCUCACCAAAUUUUAACACUUUGUGCUCACUAAUGUCAAGCGUCUUUUCCCCCGGGCACCUGACACGACCAACCCCUGCAGAGCGUUUGUUGUCCUGUGCAAUACCUUCACUUUCCACUGCAGCUUCUUCUCAGAGUCUGCAAGACUUGAAGGACCUGGUUGCAAUCGGAAAACUUAGCUGAAGUUGGAUUACUGCUUGGUUUAGAUUUAGGGCUGAGAGUAAUCUUGUUUGUCCCCUAACACACAAACUACUUUGCCUGUGCCGACUCCCAAACCUUAGCUGGUAGGGCAGAAAAAAUAGAUCCAACUUCAAGGGACUCUCUAAACAUGCUGUGAAAAGGUCAUCAGCGGUAACAUCAGGAUGAUGAUCCAUCCGUUCUGUUGCCUCGUCUCAUGAAUCACUGGAUCUUUUGUUUUGUUUUGUUUUUGUUAUUAUUCUUGAGAUUAGCUGGCAAAGAAGAUGGAUCAUGCCGCCGAUGUAUGACCUUUAUCCAGGAUGUCUAAACCGGAGGCCCUAUAAGUUUUUAAUCCACUUUGUGCAUUGCAAAAGGAUCCUACAAGGUGCCAUAGCCGGCUCGGGAUAGUGAUUAUCUUUUUUUUUUUUUUCCCCUGUCGGCCUGGUCUCAGGUCUGAUCGGCCUCCAGCUCAUCAACGGCAAGAAUGAGUCAGCACAUAUCAAUGAUGCCGUGGCGGUGGUGGCUCAGUCCAUCCAGGAGCUCUUUGAGAAGGAGAACAUCACAGAACCCCCGAGAGGAUGUGUGGGCAACACCAACAUCUGGAAAACAGGGCCGCUCUUUAAACGGUGAGUUUAAAUCUGUCUGAAAUCCAUCAUAUUUUAAAACCUUUAGGACCUGUAUCCACCACCAGUGUCUCACCAAUGUAGUUGAGUGAACAGCAACUGAGGAUCCAGCAACGUUUUGGUUUUUGAAGGAAAGGCCAGAAGCUUUUUAAUAAUAAGUCUUGACUGCACAAAUUGAUUAAAUGUCUGAUAUAACAAAGAGAUAAAUGAUGCUGGUGCACUUUUCAUUUUAAGUGUAUGGAUUAAUCCCCUUUUUCAACUUCUGCCGUCUACAUCUUUUAUGGUUUCAAAUAGAAAACUGCCUCACAGAGAAACAGGUUUACCAAACGUUUGAGAAUAUACCAGAAAUGUGUAGUUUCCCACAUCCAAGAGAAGCUAAUUAUCUCCGACUGACCCACUUAAAGUAGCUUCUCAGCGGUAAAACAAAGCAAACUCGCUGCUUUAAUUAGUUGAGGUGAUAAAAACAGCAAAUAACAACACACCCCAUACCCACAGCUCUGUCAUCUCUGUCUUAUCUUCUGCUGUGGAAUCAUCAUGUCAAGAUCUUUUCAACACAGUGCACACUCCCAGUGGAUCAUACAUUGGAACUAUGCAUGAGCACAAAUGUGUACUAAUUCAAGCAAAUGGUAAUUUUACUUCCCACGCCACAGGGUGUUGAUGUCAUCUAAAUACCCAGAGGGCCUCACAGGGCGCGUGGAGUUCAACGAUGACGGGGACAGGAAGUACGCUCACUACAGUAUCCUCAACUACCAGAAGAGUCGACUCAUUCAAGUUGGGAUUUACAACGGGACACAGGUAAUCCGACAAACAAAGACAGUUUUGACUCAGAGGGUUAAGAAAACGUGAAUCACAGAGAGUAAUCUUUGAUAUCUUUUGUUUUUCUGCACACCAGCUCUCCUGGUGUGUGUCAUACCUGCAUAGUCAUCUUCUUUUUUAUUCAUGCUGGGCUGCAGCUCCCGUUUUUGUGUCUUUGGUGAAAUGAAACUAAUGCAGCGCACAUCCACAACCCCAGUCUGCACAGGAGGCAGUCAGCUCUGCCGAGGCUGCUCUGGCAUGCUGUCACAGUGAAUCUGAGUGGCAUUUCAAAUAUUUACAUUUCAUAUAGCUAUAAUGAGUUGGAAAGUAGAUGAAAAAUUUACACAGGCUGAAUAUAGAGUAGGCAUGUGAGAGUAUGGUGUUUGAAUACUUAACAUUUGGCUGGAAAGCAGCCUUUAAGAGCCCUCUCUGAUAUAAAAUCACAUGUCUUUGACUACAGCCUGCAUGUGUGAGGAGAAGUCAAACUGCUGCAGGUCAGCAAAAACAAGGUUUUGGGUUUAUAACCACAAGAUUUUUGCAAGAAUUAACUGCGACUGCAUCUUUUUGCUUUGGUUAGUUAAGUCAGGCUAUCUGAUCAGCCUGGAGUAUUUUCUUCUCGGCAGGAAGAUUGUAGAUCCGUCCACUUUUCAGCUCCAUUUAGCUCCAUUCAACCAUCUCUACCAGGAGCUGCAUUUAUCUGAAAACCAAUUUUUCACUUUUAGUCCUGUGGCAGUAAAAAAGUAUUUUCCUACCAAAAGUCAUUACUGAUUAUGUAUUUAAUUUUGUGGGAAAAAAUUGCCUGGAAAUCCAUUUAAAAUAGCAGCAUUUGACCCGCAAAAGCUCCCUUUACUCAAUCCAGUGGAGCCAUACAGAAAAAGUCUUUACAAGCCCAAUUCCAAAAAAGGUUGUAGGUUGUGUUAAAUAUUAAUAAAAACAAAUCCUUAUGUUUUGAAAAUCAUUCUUACCUUUGAAUUGAAAAUAGUGCAAAGACAACAUAUCAAAUUUUGAAACUGAAAAAUGUUGUUUUAUAAAAAGUCUGCACUGCUUCGAAACCUAAGAAUCGGGAACAGGGACGUGUUUGCCAUUGUGUUGCAUUGUCUCAUACUUUAACAACAUAAUGUUAAAUUUCUGGAACUGUAGAGGCAAGUCUCUGGAGAGUGGAAUAUGGUCCCACUCUUGCCUGAUAUAAGACUUCAGCUCCCCUGCAGUUUGUCAAUGAGUGACAUGUCAGGACUGCGCACAGGGUUGCUGUUAUAAUCCAUGUGUGUAAUGUGGUUUGGAAUUAUCCCUAUGAAAUGUGCAAGGUCUUCCCUGAGGCCUGGAUAGCAGCAAUAUAUUAUUACAAUAUCCAAAACCUGUAGUAAUAAUUUACCAUUAAAAAUGCCUCUCCUCAAUGUGACAGUUACCCAUACUGUGGGAACCUACACAUCCCCAUACUAUCACUCUUACCAGUCUAGAUGGUCUCUUUCCUCUGGAGAGGGGAUGGCAUCCGUGAUUUACAUCACUGUCAGGUUUUGAAAGACGGUUUUCCACCUCACCAUAGUCCAUCUUGUCUGGGUCUAGAAAAUGUGUAUGCCUCACUGGCUCUUGUUUAUAGAUGGUUUCCUCUUUGCAUGGUAGAGUUUUAGUUUGCAUUUGAAGAUGUAACAUAAACUGCUCAGAGAAAUUUGGUUUUGGAAGUGAUUUUGAACCCAUGCUGUGAUUUCCAUCGUCAUGUCAGUUUUUUUUAAAUACUUCCUGAGGGCCUGAGGAGAUUUCUUCAGACUCUAUGAACCUUUUAAUUAGGUUAUAUAUUGUAGAUGAUGAGAAACUCAGAUUCUUUGAAAUUUCAGCUCAGGAACUUUAUUCUGAAACUUUUGAACUAUCGGCUAAUUUGGUUUCUGGCAGAGUGGAGAACCGUCCUUAAAUCUACAACCCUGCCCAGUUGAAUGUGCAGCGCAGAUCUGAGGUGAUCUGCAUAUAUUUGAUGAACUAACAUGAAUUCACAGAAUUUCAUCAAGUUGAGAACAAGAUUCAAUCCUGUUAGCUAUGUGUUGCACACCGUUGAGUGCAGUUAAACAUUUGGGCUGAGCAAUGUUUGCUUAUCGUCACGCCCCUCUCUCCAGAAAUAAGAUUAUGACAGCUCUUGCUAAGAAUGGAGAGCUAUGUGAUCUGGCUGGCUUUACAGAGCUGUAAUUCCCGCUAUUCAUUAAAAAUGUAUGCCAUACUCUGAGUCAUUAUUCAUUUUUAGAUGAGGAAACAUUCUUCAUUAGUGUUCGAGCAGGGCCCGCUCUGUCAUUCCUUUACAUUCGAGCUAACCACGUCUGCUAAAGACAGCUUCUAGACUUGGUUGAAAUCUUGUGAAAAAACCUGCCUGGAUAUUCAUGGAUAGUUUAAUGGGCCGGUCAAAAAACACAGUAAAUAGUUGGCAGUGUCAGGACCAGCACAUGUGCUCACUGGGGUUUGUUAAUAGCAAGUUCCUGAAAGCCUCAGGUAUGAUACAUGAGUCAGAGGUCCUCGAAGUGAAUAUAAGAACCGCUGAGCCGUCGUUAUAUAAAGCUGACUCAUUAGUGAAGCUCACCCACGGUGUUGGAGCCUCAUCAGCAGCAGCACGCCUUCUGCCAGCGCUCACCUAUAAUACUGCAUGUGGCAUCCCCCCCACAGGUGGUAAUGAACAAUCAACGGAAGAUCAUCUGGCCCGGGGGAGAGACUGAGAAACCACAGGGCUUCCAGAUGUCCACUCGAUUAAAGGUAGGGUUCCUUCUGCAAUGUGACAUUCACGUCCACACAGAUAGAGGACGCUCCUAAGCUGAUGUACCCAUGUUGGACAGCGUGAUGACAUUUUAUUCUCCAGGGGGAAUGAAGUUAAUCUUUGCUCAUAAAGGCUGCAAUGAAAUAUUUGUUAUGACUUUCAUCUCUCUAAAUUUGUCAUAGGCCUGCGAAGAUGCUCUCAUCUGUAUCCUUGUCAGUUGUUUAACAUUCAUCCAUUGGUCUCUGUGUGUCCAUGUGUAUCUGGGGGUUUGUAUGUUGGCCUUUGUUGGGUUUUCUCUGAGCAUUCCUUCUCUCUCUCUCUUUCUCUCUCUCUCUCUCUUUCUCUCGCUGUGCCGCAAUCAAGUCCCUCAGGAUCAAACACAUCCAGCUCUGGCUUUGUGAUAAACAGCUUUCUGUCCCGUCUGUUAUAGAUAGUGACGAUACACCAGGAGCCAUUUGUGUAUGUGAAACCCACUAUGCCGGAUGGAACAUGCAAGGAGGAAAUGACAUUAAAUGGAGUCUUAAUUAAAAAGGUUAUCUGCACUGGGCCCAAUGAGACCAUCCCAGGUAACACAUCAGGGACGUUUAUAUUAUCACUGUGCUUUUACUGCACCCGCCAAACACCCACUGGAGAUGCAUACAUAUAUAUGCAGUAGGUAUCUAUAUAUGUAUGCAUGUAGCUGAGUGUGCCAUUCAGAAUGAGAGGUUUGCUGGAAGAUGCUUGGUGUGCGUGCUCCGUGUGGCAAGCGGCGUGAUUGCGUGUGUGGUCGUCUGCAGUGCACCGUGUCACGCAUUCCGUUCCGUCUACGUGCGCCGCCUCCGGAUUAACAGCAAAAAAUCCAACGUGUUUUCUCAAGAGUGAUUGUAACUUGAAAAAUUCUGCUGGUUUGGUUACAGGACGCCCAAUUGUACCCCAGUGUUGUUAUGGAUUCUGUAUUGAUCUCCUGAUCAAGUUGGCUAUGACCAUGAACUUCACCUACGAAGUGCAUCUGGUGGCUGAUGGGAAAUUUGGGACUCAAGAGCGCGUAAGUUUUACACGAAGAGUCCUAUUGCUGCAGGAGUUACAUGCACUAUCUCAUGUUUGAUAUGACGCAUAAUUCUGAUGUUUUUAAGUUAUUAGCAGUCUCUCCGAUCAUUUACAUUCACGGACAUUAAAAGUGCAAAAGAAAUAAACUUUCCAGGUGGUAAAUUAUAUUUGCUGAUCGGAUUUUCGGAUUUUGAGGGGGGCUGUGCCACUUUGACUACCCCUCUGGAUGCGCCCCUGUCAACCCAUUGAUUGCAUAAAUUGAACAAAACCAGAUGAGAAAUUUAAUUUAUUACUUCAGCAAACCUUUUUUUCCACGUUUGUGGUCUCAGAUGGUCACUUAAAGUCCUCUCCAAUACAGCAUGGUGUUGGUGUGGUAAAUUAUGCUCCCAUUUGAAGUGAAAUCAACAACAAAACAUAAUAGGAUUGAAAACAGGACUAUUUGUGCUUUACAAAUCACUACAAUAGCCACCACUUAACCAGGAAAGAGAGGUUACUAUUAUGUAUAACCUCAACUUUAAGUGUUGUAGGUUGUAGUUCCCAAAAACAACAACAAUUUGGAGGUAAUUUAACGAUCUGAAAGUGAAAGUGCCACAAAGAAUAUGAUAUGAGCAUAAAAACUGACAUAUCUACAGAAAAAAAGUGCACUGUUGUUGAAGAAAAUAACUCCCAAACUUUAGGAUUGUUUCAUGUCCUUUGUUGCAUAAACUAGAAACCGAUGAAUAAAAAAAGCUUUCUUGAUAUCCGAGCCAGAUCCAGUCCCGAAGAUGUGAAGCAUGACAAAACCCUAAACCCCCAGAAGGCUAAACUCUAAUCCUGAAAGCCUGGAAACAUUCUGUUGUCUAGACGGCAGCAGGUUGACAGCUCAUUCUCAUGUUAACACCUUCCUUUUGGGACUCCAGGUAAACAACAGUAACAAGAAAGAGUGGAAUGGCAUGAUGGGAGAGCUCCUGGGGGGCCUGGCUGACAUGAUUGUGGCCCCGCUGACUAUAAACAACGAACGAGCCCAGUACAUCGAGUUCUCGAAACCUUUUAAAUAUCAAGGACUUACCAUCCUUGUUAAAAAGGUAAGUACCAUCCACAGCCAGUUUAUUGCUCUGUUAUUUCAAGCAAUGCAUGUAUUGUUCUCUUUUUAUGAAGACCUUUACUCCCCCCUGUGAAUCCUUUUAUAUUUUCUACCUUGAUUUCUUCGGCACAAAAACAGAGCAGCAACCUGACAAUUAAAUCCCUUCAAGGGACAAGUGCGACAAAUAAACAUCUUCUGUAAAGACCAUGACACUGAGAUUGGAUGGCUGCCUCUAGUUUGUUUGUGUCUUUUGUAUCUGCCCCAAACUAAUUAUCCAUAAACAAAUGUUUGAAUUCGAGAAUGAGCGAUGAACCCCAGCUGACAUGUUCCAGUGGGACUACUCAAGCCUUACACGAACGCAUCAGGCACAAGCAGCUGAGCAUGGGUUACCACGUGGCUUUUAAGAAGGAUGUGAGCUAGAAAUGAGCACAAGACUUCUACAACCAACACUGAUAUUGAUGUUUCACACUGAAGCCUCAUAUGGAGUCCUCUAUGUGACCUUCUUCAAAAUUGCUUGAAUACUCUAAUAGUGCCUCAUAUUUCAGCCAAGGUACAACCAAUUUAAGUAACACAUGGUUGUGAAAACAAGAAAACAAGCUCAUUGAGGCAUAUAAAGUGUAUAUAAAGUCACUAUAUUGGUGAGACGGUUAGCACAUAUAACUCUGACUAUAACUGGAAAUGGAUGAUGAUAGGAGGAGACCAAGUAGGGUUUAUUGGUAAGGCUUUCUUGUCUUUUGACUUUUCUUGCUUUUUCUUCACUAGACUGAUGGUGAAAAUUAUCAUGACAAUAUUGCUAAUUUGUGAUUUUUUUGGCCACCAGGUUAGGUGAAAGUAUGAUAUUGUAAUGGAUAUAUUUUUAGCAGUUUUUGAACUUAUCAAAAGUCUCUAAGCACACCAGUGAAUCGUAGAAAAUCUGCAUUUUAUAUGUUUUUUUUUUCGCAAAGCCAUUCAGGUAUAUAAAAUUCAGACAGUGACGAGCAAAACUGAGGUUGAAUAUUUGAGUGAUUAACUUCUUAAUGUUUUAUAGAUAUCUAGAAUAUUUAGAUAGUUGUGUUUUAACCUGUAACUAACUGCGGUGUGUGUUUUCAGGAAAUCCCUCGCAGUACACUGGACUCGUUCAUGCAGCCGUUCCAAAGCACACUGUGGCUGCUGGUGGGUCUAUCGGUGCAUGUGGUGGCGGUGAUGCUUUACCUACUAGACCGGUUCAGGUACACGGGGGAACUGUGUUUGUGUGGCUGUGCCCAUAUGUUGCAUUUAUGUAUACCACAGCUGAAUGAGUGGACAUAUACAGGUUGUGUGUUCGUGUGUGUGUGGAUGUGAGUGCACAUACUCUCCUGUGCGCUGCAGAUCUUCCCUCAGUGUGGACUCGAAGGUGAAGAUCAUCUCCAACCAUCCCACUGCUCUGUCCCUGUGCAGCUGUCUUUGUCUGAUUUCUUUCCCAGUUUGUCUUCCUCUUGCUUUUGCCCGCUCAUUUUUCAGUUUCCUUCCCUGCCUGGGGUUGCCAGGGCUUUUCCUCCAAUGCAGGUUCUUGGGGAUUUCUCACUUUUCUCUCCUGCAACCCUCCCAAUUUCUUUCCUCUAGCCCGUUUGGAAGAUUUAAAGUAAACAGUGAAGAAGAAGAAGAAGAUGCCCUCACCUUAUCAUCUGCUAUGUGGUUCUCCUGGGGAGUGUUGCUGAACUCUGGAAUAGGAGAAGGUGGGCUGAGAUUAAAAACAAAGAUGGAAAACCCAGCUGAAAAAAUGUCCAAAUCAUGAUUUAUUCAUUAGUUAUGUUCCCCUUUUCCCAGAACAUGGUAAUGCUGUCGAGCACUUUAGUCUUCACACAGUUUUGCAUGUGUAAAAAGACCAGUGAUGGCGUUUGGGGCUCGAGGUGUUGCCUCACUGUCAUGUUUUUCUUUUAGGAUGACAAAUUGAGUCCUUUGAAAUCUCAUUUUGCGAAGAAAGUGUUUGCUGCAGCUUGUCUUUUAAUAGUUUGGACCUGUUACUUUGACUUGUCUCAUUUGUCUUUCAGCCUUUCCUUUUCAUGCUGGAUAUUUGUUGCUAAUUCUUAUUAUUCUAUCUCUUCUGUGUUGUUUUUAAUAUGUGAGGAGAACAUUUAUGUUGAAGUAACAACGCAGUGUUGUUAUUAUAGUUCAACUUUAGCAGGUUGACGACAAGUGACUGAUGAUCACGCAUCUAAAGGGUGUAACCUGAACUCACCUCACAGGCGCCCCGCGCAGCUUCUCAGCGAGAAUCCUUGGAAUGGUGUGGGCCGGCUUUGCCAUGAUCAUUGUGGCUUCUUAUACUGCCAACCUGGCUGCCUUCCUGGUGUUGGACCGGCCUGAGGAGCGCAUCACCGGCAUCAAUGACCCAAGGGUGAGUACAGGAUGAUACUCUGAACGUGCUUUGACUGAAGAUUUCUAUCUGUGUGAAAAUGACAAAAACCACUCGCUGAGUCAAGCUAAGCAAAUGUUUAGGAUUCUUAUUCUUGGACGUUUUGGCUUUUAUCUAAGAGGACAGGGUAGUGGAUAGAGCAGGAAAUAGGAAGAGAGGAUAGGGAGUGAUGUGCAGGAAAGGAGCUACAGGCAUGAAUUAAACCUUAACACUUAAAGGGAACACUUAGCCAUGAUUUUCUCUGCAUCGGGAACUGCUCUGAUCUGUAACGGCGGCGAUUUUCGCCAUACGCCAAUACCUACAGUGUCCGUUUGUGACGCGAAUUUGAUGCCGGAUUACAGACAGCAGGAAUCGCGAGAACUCAAAAGAACCUGUGGUCAGCUACGAUCAGCAGAUUCAGCCUUUUCGUAGCCAUUCCGGAUGCAGUGGAAAUUGGGGGUUAGACCAUUAGGUCAGUGGUGCCCCAUGAUCUGCACAUUGGCUUCAUUUUCUAUACAGUAAUCUUAAUGGGCUGAGAUGAUAUGAUGACGAUACUCUGAGCUGAUUGGCUGCCUCAAAGUUAUCUGGGUAGGGAGAGUGCAGACCAAGGCAGACAGAUGCAAAGGUGGAAAAACAAAUAUGGCGAGCCCUCCAGAAGAACCUGCAUGACUACACUUAUGAUCUGACCCCAAACAGGAGAAACUAACUUUUGCAGUGCUGCAGCAGUGGUUAUGACAACAAGAUUGUUCAAUAAGUUAGAGUGGUUUUUCAUGCAGGCUUAUGCAAAUCAGUCCUGUUGUUACAUCACCACAGGAGUAAAUUAAGAUCACCUUGAUUAAACAAUAUUUUUCCAGUAAGUGGGCAACAAAAACAAUGUAGAUUCUUAUUUUCUCUUAAUUUUCAGGUUUGCUAGGCUAAAAAAUGACCAAAGUGUUAAUGUAUAGGCAAGAAAAAAAAAAUUCUCGUCAUAUGCAACCUUUAACCAAUCAUUGGUCAAGCUGUUCAAGUAUUACUUAAAUGUUUAGUUUGCACCUGUACUAUGAAAUGUUACUAAAACAUGUGUUAUAGAAGAUUUUGACCUAGAGUUGCUGUUAAAAGUGGACAGACUUUGACUUGUGUCUCAUUCCUUUCUCCUCCCACAGCUGAGAAACCCAUCAGACAAGUUCAUCUACGCCACGGUGAAGCAGAGUUCCGUGGAUAUCUACUUCCGGCGGCAAGUGGAGCUUAGCACCAUGUACCGCCACAUGGAGAAGCACAACUAUGAGAGUGCCGCCGAGGCCAUCCAGGCCGUGCGUGACAAGUGAGUCUCGGCCAGGCCGGGCCGACCCGAGCACGUGUCGGCCGGCUGCUCGAACCUUUCAGGCGCACAGGUCAGGGCCAGUCCAGACAGAUUGGGAAGGGGGUCAUGGACCUUUGGACCAGGGGGGAGCGGUGGGGCUUACUGCUGCUUUCCUUCUGAUCCGGGUCCAUCGCCCGGCCAAGAUAGACGUUGAGGGACAGGAGUAAGUGUGGACGUGUCGUCAGCACUGGCACCAGUGUGAGGUUAAGCUAACAUUGAGUGGAGGAGCACCCUUUUUCAGGUUGUACCAAGAGGAACAUCUUUGAGAUGGGGGGAAUCCAAUGGGGGACGCGCCCUCACCCAUCUGGCAUUGGAUUUCUUUUGGCCCAUAAGCAUCGGUAGAGAUUGCUGGUAAUCGCUGAAUGACACACAAGAUCUGGUGUGCGAGAGAGAGAAGGGUGGGAGCCGUAAAUGUGUAUGUAAAUCAUUGUACUGUCGCACCGUAACCCCCUCCUUCCCCUCCUCCUCCUCCCUCCUUCCUCCUCCUCCCUCCCCCUCCCCCACAGCAAGCUGCAUGCUUUCAUCUGGGACUCUGCGGUGCUGGAGUUUGAAGCCUCGCAGAAGUGCGACCUGGUGACCACGGGAGAGCUGUUUUUCCGUUCGGGCUUUGGCAUAGGCAUGCGCAAGGACAGCCCCUGGAAACAGAAUGUGUCCCUGGCCAUUCUCAGGUCUGUCCCAGCCGAAGCUGCAUUACUCGUAUGACUCUUUUAUUUCUUAUCAAUAUGAUUUCUUGGUCAUGUCCUGACCUUUUUAAAGCCAUCCGAUACAUCGCCUUAUGUCACAUCUACUCUCUCUGUAUCUUCCCUCUCCUGCCUCCUGCUGUCUGUUUGUCUUUGUCAAAUGUUUGUCUGUUUGUCAAAUGUCCUACUGUCUCAAGUUUCAUUUGUGAUUGCAAUCUGGGAGUGAGCGGCUCGAAUAAAACCCUCUUUUGGGGCUUGUAUUAACUUUGUCACCUCUCUCCCUACCUCCCCUGACCCCCUACAGUUCUCAUGAGAAUGGCUUCAUGGAAGACCUAGAUAAAACCUGGGUGAGAUACCAGGAGUGUGACUCAAGGAGCAAUGCCCCAGCCACACUCACCUUUGAAAACAUGGCAGGUAUGGUCCAUAUCGCGUAAAAAAGAGCGUUAAAAGUGAUUGGACAAAAACUGCAGUGGUAAGGUACUGUAGCGCUUUUUUGUCCAAUUCCUUUCCUAAAUCGUUGUUUUAGUGUCGACGUGAUUGCUCUGUGGAAGUGUGCCGUACAGUAUUUUGUGCUGUGGCUUUGUGCGGGUGUGAUUUUAAAUCAAAAUUGUGUGAUUUCCAGCCGCCAUCAUCAGUCGGCUUCGAUUGAUAAAGAAGGCGCGACCGCUGAGCAUGACCAAGCGUUCAUUCUCGGCGGAAGCGGCGGGCGUUGGCGCUCAUCUGCUCACAUGUUUCCACCUGUGCUCUGUUUCUCUCUGUGCUCCCCCUCCCGACAGGUGUCUUCAUGCUGGUGGCUGGAGGCAUAGCGGCCGGGAUCUUCCUCAUCUUUAUCGAAAUCGCCUAUAAGCGCCAUAAAGACGCCCGCAGGAAGCAGAUGCAGCUGGCCUUUGCGGCCGUCAAUGUCUGGAGGAAGAACCUGCAGGUAGGAUUGAUCCCCUCUGCCUGCUCACACGCAAGGUGGAAGGUUCUGAGCCCAAAAAAAGCCCUCCUUGUCACUGGGUCGUUUUCUGUUUCCCAGCCUCUAGGAUCUUUACGGUCUUUUCCCACUUCUAGAUCACCGUAUGAGAAACUGUGAUCUCUGAUGCCUGUAUUUGCUGUAAGGUAUCCUCACUGGCCAUCCUCUAGGUCUUGAAAACAAUGUGGAGAGGCCAACAGCCCUUGUGUCUCUUGUGUGUGCCUGCAGGAUAAUAAGGAAGCCUCUGGAAGUCAAGCUGUGGCUGGGACCCCCUCUUUAGUAUGUGACUUACCUUUCGCUGUAAGACUAACAAUAAGAUGGUAGUAACUCUCUAACAUGAUAGACGUCAAACUUGAAACUUUAACUUCCAUUUAUGGCAUGAACUAGUGUUUCUAAGCUGCUGCCGUGGUGCUUAUAAGCUUCAUAAGGUCAGAUGACGCCCUGCCAUAAAGACAAAAAUAACAGUAAUUACAGUGAGUUGAAUAAUAGUAGUUACAUCAUUGAUUUCUGCCGUUCUUCACUCAGUCAUACUCACAGCAGCCAGGAACUAGCAAUACAAAUAGAGCAUGAUGAUUAAAAUCAAUUCAGCGGCUCAAUCACACCCCAGUGGUUCUCGCAGUGUAGUAGCAGAGCUGUUGUGUCAAGUGCCGUGCUAGAGUAAACACUAUCCCUCCUAACCCCCUUCAGUGUCCAUAAUUUAAAAACCAAAUAUAAUGUAAAUUAUUUUAGCGUGCCAGAGGCUUUACACAGUGAGACGCAAGUAAAGGCAAACAAACACCGGGCUUUCAAUAAAUCAACUCAUGAAACCUUUCUUCCAAAGCAGCGAAAAAUCACACUACACCCCGUCUUCUUGUGGCGUCAUGCUCAAAGGUAGGGAACUCUAAUAGUGUUAUCAAGUCUUUACGGUCAAUAAUAUGACAAACAUGGUUUUUCAACCACUCCUCUAUUGAUAAGCGGCCUCAAAGAUGAGAGUUCAGUCAGACAACUCUCAACUGUUCGUUGCAGCUGCAGCAGAUCAUUGUGUUUGGUGUCUGGGUUCGACCACAUCACUCCUCAUACUUUUUACCUGCAGAAACAGAAGAAUGUUCAGCACUAGAGGUGGCUGCAGCAAAGCAGAAGCAAAGAGUGGGGAAUUUGGAAGCUUAAAAAGAGCCUCAGUUUGGGAGGACAUGUUGGUCCUGAUUUAGAGAAUCACUCACAUCAAGCCUGGAAUCAGUGCAGCUCAAGUUGCCUGCCUGAAGUAGCUCCACAAAGUGCAAAUCAGGAGAGAGAAUGGCCAUAUUUCAAGUUAGAGCCAUAUAAGAUAGCUAGCAUUAGGACACAGUCAACUUUAACAUUCAGUCAUUUCUCAGUUAGCUUUUACAGUAAGUUUAAAAACCACAGGCACAAUAGAAACGGUGAAAUAUUCACACAAGAGAAAUUACUUUAUAGAUGACAGUUUUGAAUUACCUUAGAUUAGGGGUGAAAAAACAUUUAAAAUCCGCACAGGCAGAAGUUGGGCCACAGUUUACUUUGUAUUUUUGACAGACAAUCCCUGAAGCAUUUGACUGGUAAAAAAAAAAGGCAUUACACUUGUGGUUUACCUUAAUCACUAGAGAUCAGAGUGUAAAAGUAGACACCAACAUUAGAUACCAACAUCAGUAUUUCCAAAGCAGCCACCAAUAAAAUGAUCAUCUUUCUUGUGCCAGCCUCCCUUCUUUCCCACCACGUCUGUGAUUUUUUAAUAAACCGAUAACUAGACAGCAGCUGGAUGUAAACAUUAGCUGAGUUAUCAUGUGAGCUAAUGUGCUGUUGAACGUGUUUUUAGCUUAAACUAUAACCCAAUCUCUCCUGUUUCUUACUGAUUAGCUGAUUAAACAGGUGGCUGUAAAAUGAAGUACAGUUUUUCAAAUUAACAAUGUGUGUACGGCUUCCAGCCUGUAACACAUCACUAAGACACGAUAACAGCGUUAAAGUUCCCACCUUGAGCCUGUCGUUACAAGAAUAAGAUUGCUGAGGGAAUAUGGUCUAUUACGUGGAAUUUCAUUUGGAAACUGAAGACAUCAACAUGGCAAAGUACUACUACUUUUCUUUUUUAAGGAUGUCAAUAAACAAACUUUCGAGCCAAAAAAGUACUCUGCUCAGCCAGUCAGUUCCAAGAGUUGUUCUUUGUACUUGUACGCUGUCAAACUUGGCUGUGAAGCUGUGAGCAGCCCUCCAUCAUCCACACACUCCUCCCUACUUUCUCUCUGGAUGGAUUCAUUCCCUGAUUGAAUUGCUUGGGGGAAACAUGGUUUACACAUGAUGGCUAGUCUCACAGUGAGUCUGUGACGUGGCUCUGGCAGCCUGUCGUCAGACUCUUAGUAAUUCUUGAACCAAAUCUCAGAGUUUGGCCCUGCUGAGUUGAGACAGCAGGGUCAGAGGAAGGUACAGUAUGAAAUCACAAGUGCCUGUCAGCAAAGUCAUUCUAAGAGUGUCUGCCAUCGACCUGACAACUGUUUGUCACUGUCAUGAGUGUCCUCAUAUGGAUGUGCGUCCCCUAGGCGCAGACAGCAGGCGAAUGCAUGCAGGGCAGGCAGCACUGAGAAAGGAGAGGGACACACUAAACUGCCUGUAGACCAGCGAGUUACAUAUCCAUGUCAGCAAUAAUCAGGAUGAUUUCUAUGCUCCGCUGAACAAAGACGGCUCAUGCAUGCUCAUCUUGCUCAUCGACCAUCGCUGUGAGCCCUGGAGCUAAAAUAAUAGACUCACAAUCUCCUCUGCCCUAAAUAUAACCAAUGUGUUAUGCACAAGAACACAGAGGAAGCCCACAAAGUCAAGCCCAGCUCAUACAAUCUGCUCUGCUCUGCAUGACUAUUGUUUCAGAGAUUAUUCAUACUGUUUGGGUGCACUGAUUUGAUUAUUGUCUUUGAUCUAAUUUGCACAAGUUUACAGUGACUACUCAGCUCUGUGAGACACAAACAUAUAAUGAUAAAAAAAAAUGUAUUAUCACAGUUUAUGUGGCCUCCUCCUUUCUUAGGACUGCACUGACACCUGGAGUCCCAUUGUUGGCAUCAUUUUGACUGCUUGUUUGGUGUUUGUAAUGUAAUUAUGUGCUUAUGUGCUGCCUCAGGUUGGUGCAGCACUGCGCAGUACUUUGCAACCACACACAUCUCAACACAAAGAUGCAACCUGAGAGAUUGUGCACUUCUGACUGGCUAAAAUCUGUUCAUGUGAAACAUCCCUUAUCUACUGCUGGCUGACUCUACAUCAGCACUAAAGCUGUUUACGUCCAAAAAGAAAUAUUUCAACCAAUUCACCAUCUUUAUCAAAACAGUUUAAAAAAGUGCAUGCAUUGUUAAGACUGCAUGCCUUUCAUGAGCUCUGGCCACAAAGAUGAAGCAGCAGUAGAGCUAUUUAAUCUCAAGAAUUUCAGUUUCAGUCAGAUAAUUUAGUAACCCUUCCAAAUCUGUAUGAUCAAAAUUCAGAAUUUACAUUAUACAAAGUGUAUACAAUGUUCUGUAAAUUCUUUUCAAAACCAGUACAAGCUACAUAUUGUUUGUAUGAAGGGGCUGGGACACUUCAGCUGUGUUUCCACCAAGCGGUCCAGUUUGGUUCAGUCAGCUUCUUUUUGCAUUUUUACACUAAAAUAAUGGACUAUGGAAUGGAAUAAUGGGGCAUGGGCUGCGUGAUCACAGACAACAUCUCGGUACUAUUUAGUAGCAGCACACGCCCCUUGUAAUAACCCCCGUAAAAACUGUUGUUCAGGACUGCUUACUUGUGCUUCCUACCCAUUCGGCUACUGUGAAUAACCGUUGAUCUCGCCUACACAAAACAGUUUUGUUCUCAUUCAUGAAACGCUUAAAUCUGGGACAUUUUUCGGGGACAGCUUUUGCCGGAGACAGGUCAUCCAAUACGGGGACUGUCCCCAGAAAUCGGGGACAUCUGGUCACCUUAAACCAAACCUAUCUGAACCCGAGCUGGACACACUGCGAUCGGCUGAUUGGUAUAAGAAUUGUCACUUUCUGUACAUCAGCGGUAAUGAUGGACAAACAGACAAUGGCUGAAUUCUGUCUUGCUGCUUUUUAAAGUAGCUGGUUGAUGUAUUUUUAUUAAAACAAAAGCGAACUGUUGCAUUGCGCUACAUCACACACUGCAUUGGUUGUAACUGAGCAAAAGCUACUGGAAAAAUUAGAUGAACUGAAAGGUUUAAUACUAAGUCAUAAAGGUGAAUCAGUCUGAUGCUACUAAAUCAAACUAAGUCAGCGCACUUUGUGGAAACACACCAUUUGUGUGAUAGGUGCCCCACUUAGCUAUUUGCGUAUCGUCAUCCCUGCUACCAGUCGCUCAGUCAUACCUAGGAUGAUAUAGUGGUGUUGUUGCUUUGUAACAUUUUUUCAUGCAGUUAUAAUAAAAAGGCUCACAUGCCUUCAAGAAAUCUGUACUUAAGGUAUUUCAGUGAGCAUGAACAGUUUUUUAAAUGUUAGCACUUACCAGGAGAUGUCUGUCUGUGCUCACGUCGAUGUGUUUGUUAGCUUUUUCAGUGUUUCUCAUAAACAGAUUUAUUUGUGUUGAACUUCACAUGUAAGUCUAAUGAACUGGUCUAAUGAAUACUAGUACUACAUCUAUCUGCUACUAAAAUCUCAAAUACGAUCUCAUUGAUACAAAUAUGUGUUGUUAGCUUUAUGUGUUGCUAGCUAACAAUAACCCUGUAAAAAGACUGCAGAACUCUACAGCCCCAAUAACUUGACAUUUACCAACCUAUUUCCUCCAGCUCCAACAAACAAAAAGCUCCAUGCAAUGACCACCAAGUUAACUCAAGGCUUUGAAACAGCAGUCUGCUAUAUACAAUUUAAACUAGCUAACUUGUGGAUAAACGUGGCGGCGCAUGUCCCAGUAAAAAUAUUUCUCAGGAUUUGGUGGGGACUACUCCUGAGCUGGAAGGCAAUAAAAUAGAACCACUCCCUAAUUGGCUUGAAACUGUAUUCAUAAUAGAUGCUAAUGUAUCUCUUUGUAUGCUUGGAAUUAAUAAAUAAACUAAGGAAGAGCUUAUGUGUCACUUUGGUAUUCACAUCUUGUUUCUACCUCCACUAGUGGCCCAAAAAUGUCUUAUUACAGAGAGUUUUGACAAAUAUCUCACAUCUUACAGAUGACAUGCAAUAGACCUAACACUUGUUUUCUUUAUAUUUAAUAAUUUGUAAAAGACUCAUUGAUGCUAUAGUGAUGCUGAUGCAGAUUUAUCAUUGAAGAAUGAGUGUUGUCCAAUGAAAUGUUACUUCUAAAAGUUUUUUUAAAAAUCUUUAAUCAAGUUGGUCUGUAUCAACUCUAAUGUGUUCUUGAAAUUUAAAUCAUACAGAUUUUUACUCCUGUCUCAAAAGUUUAACAGAUUAUUCUCGAUGUGAUCGCUGUUCCGGGUACAGAAACACAUUUCUUAAAAAACAUUGAGAGGCUGCCGGUCUGGCUUUUAGUUUUCCCCUUGAAAACAGAUGUUCUCUCAGAAGUGCACAGUCUGAACAGGACUGAAGCUGAUGUCAGCCUGGGAUAAAACACAAAGUGUCAGAAACACUGCUGCGUGAUGAUGAUGAUGAUGAUGAUGGUGUAUAAUGAUGAUGCACUGCAGCGGCAUGCAACUGUUUCUGACAAGAAACAUGCAGCUGCUGUUCUCUGCAAGUCCCAUGCCACGCUUCAUCUGAUGGUCCAGCAUGCCAUGCAUGGCCGGGACUGUGCACACGCAGCACCUCAUCAGGGCUCAGAGUGGCCAGGCUGCAGGAGUGCAGUCCCACAAGUGUAAGAAAUGGUGGAAAAUAAAAGAUUGAAAGGAGACAACUGCUGUCAGUUGGGCAUUGACUUUUUCUUUCUUCUGAACCACGAUCAGUCAGAAUGAUUUGUUAUGCAGAUUUACUUUCUCCAUUUACUAACAUGAGAUAUCAUCUUCCAACAGGAAAAACAGUUUUUUACUAUCAGCUGCACUAAAAAUCAAGCGAUGUUGUGCACCAGCUCUCAUCUAUCCUCAACGCCAGCUAAUGCCUGCUCGCCACCUGAUAUCAUGUCAGUAGGGUGUUGAGUGGAAAGCGCUGGUUAGUGGGGGGUUGAUGGGGGAUGAAAAUGCGCCCCAAAAGUGCCUAGUCAUGUGACCUGAUGAAAAAGAAUGUACUGCGGGGCCAGUGCUGGCCAGGAUUGAUUGCCAUGCUCUUUGUUUUCUGUUCUUUACUUAUUAUACUUUGUUUUCCCCCUUUGACCUCUUUCUCCAUCCAUAAAACGUUUUGGCAUGUUGAAAUUCACACCACACUGCCCCGCCCAGCCAAAGGGCCUCCCCCCCUGCAACUCCACACUCAUCCUUUACUAACAUCCAUCUUAAAGCACUUUCUUUUUUUAGACUCUUUCAGUCUCCAUCUGCUCAGAUUAUCAAACCAAGCGCACAGAACUGCAAAACUUUUCUUUUCUGCACUUAGAUGACGUUUUGCAGCUGCAGUAGACGACCAUUCCUUUUUUAUAAAAUUUCUUUUGCACUCCAUCUCAUACUCCAUCUCAUUCCCUUGUGUGUGGGGUGAAUUUCCAUUAUACCGCUUUGAGGUAUAAUGACUAAAUGGGCUUCAACUACUGACUUUUGUCGCUGUUUUCCCAAUUUGAUAUGCAUUUAAUGGCCUCUGAUAUCGUAGCUACUCGACUUUUUAUACCUGCCUGGCUUUGAAUGUGAACGUUUGCUUUGCUAGUUUCUUUUAUUUCAUUUCUUAAGUAUCGCCCUUUUUGGUUCCCUUGGCUUCUGCAUAAGGACCUUCUUUAGAGUAAUAACAAUCAAAUGGAUGGAAAUUUAUUUUAUUUUUCUUUUCUUCCCCUAUGCAGCCCUCUUCCUCUCUAGAGACUGAGGAUGUAAGAAUACCUUAAUAUGAGUUUUGUCCAUUUUUUAUACAUUAACACACAGUUAUUGUGCUGAGAGUAGCGGUGGGGCACUCUGAUGGAAUGAGGGAGGGAGGGCACUAAAUUGGCUCGCCAUAGGUGAAAAAACUGCUUCUUUUAUGACUCUCUGAUCUAUUUAUAUGAAAAGACUACAUUGCUAAAUGUCUAUUGUGGUCUGACCUUUCUCAGAGCCAUAAUUUUAGAUGUUUUAUAAGGCCAUAUUUGGCAAGCGCUUUGUAGACCCAUUCCUUCUGUAAGAUCGCUUGUGUGCCGGAAUAAGAAAGUGUGAUCAGGCUAUAGAGAGCUGAAUAUUUAAGUUGGUCCAAGUAGAUAUCACACCCACUGACAUCUUACUAGUCAUCUCUCAUCCCAGUGCAUUUUCUAGGGGCCAAGUGAAUGUGUCAGCACAUUUCUAGAGGACUACUGUGCCAUCUUGUGCAGCCCCGCUGUGAUAAUGUCGCUUAAGAUCUAGACAAAUGCCCUCAUAACAGACUGAAGAGACUAUUUCCACUCUGACAUCUAACAGGCUGUAUCCCUUCUUUCUCCCUCCUAAUUUUCAUUUUCAAUUGCUGUAGUCUUUGUUAUAAGGACCUUCCCUCUAUUUAGUCAUAUUGAGCAAGGUAAUUUACUGGGUUGGGGGGAUGGGUGGCGGUGGUGGUGGUGGUGAUGGUGGCGGGAAGAGAGAACGGGUGAGACUGGAACCACGGUUUUCACCCCAGCCAGAGAACAUGAAUAAUGCUUCUACAUAUAUUCAUUUUAGGAUAGGAAAAGUGGUAGAGCAGAGCCCGACCCCAAAAAGAAAGCCUCUUUUAGGUCCAUCAGUACCACCCUGGCCUCCAGCAUCAAGAGACGUAGGUCCUCCAAAGACACGGUAAGAAGACGAAGAAGCAACAUCUUCGCUUUACUCCCUCUCUUUCCUCCUCUUCUGCUCCUCCUCGUCUGUCUUUACUCUCUCCUUUCUCUUUGUCUGUCCUCUCUCUCCCACAUCUCCAUAUCCGACAUACCCGCGAGACAGUGCCAUGCUCCACUCACCCAUUUCCACACGGCUCCGCGGCCUUCGCCACGUGUCUGUCCGGUCACCAUCGAUCAGCCAUCACCAUUUAGCAUCUGUAGCUCCUCUACAGGCUCGAGGGCGUCAGUGCAGGAACUCAGGUCAGGCCAGGCCAGUAGCUGGGUUCUUAAUUUGGGGAAAGGGUGAGAAAAACGUCCUCGAAUUUGGCGGGUUCCGAUGGGAUUAGUGGCGUGUUCCUCUUGAGGAGGGGGGCGACAACAGCAAGCAGUCUGCUAGUGGUUUUUUUGUCUUGGGCUGCUCUUUUCCCUGCCUCUGGUUUGGACGUGGACUCUGGCGAUUGUGUCUUUUUAAUGGUGGCGUUGUGGUGCGUGUGUAUACUGAUGUAAGCGUGUUUUAUAUUUGUCUUGGUGUCUUGUCCUUUUUGACUGCUUGAACCUCUGUAUAUCCAUUGUUUCUUUGCAUCGAUCCCGCCCGCACUCCUCUGUUUGGGUUUCAGCCGCUUUUGGUUUGCUUUUGGUUUGAGUAGCAUGCGCUGGCGUCCUGUCAUUUUUCCCAAAAAACCAUCCUCAAGGCAGUCGUGACGGCCAGCCCUGCAGAGAAGAAAACUAAUGUGUUGUUUUAUUUCAUUUUUUUACCCAAAUGUCUAUUUCAGGGUUACACUCAUGGAUUUCUAUUAAUCGAUUCUUUUUGCUUUGUCAUAUUAUUUUGUUUGUCAUAAUUAUUGUUUUAUUUUUCAGUGUCCUUGUGGUCUUAACUGUGCAUGCUUCUUUCAGGGUGUAUUUUCAGGUGAUGAAGACUGUCUUCUUCAUUGUAUAAAUGAUUGUUUUUACGCACCACAGACCCUGUGAAGCCUGAGACUCUCACUGUGUUUCUGAUUCAAGCUUUUCUCUUACAAUCACUUUCUCUACGUCCUUGCCUGACCCCUUUUGAUACUGGCUGCACAAUAUCACUACCUACUUGUUAAAUGCAGCAGCUGGGUCAGUGGCCCUGCAGCUUCAAAAUGACCCUGUAGAUCCCAGUGUAUCUUCACUUUUGUAAUUCCAGUCUUAAAGAUGGUCAAACAUGGAGCGUAGUCUCAAGAUCCAAAAUGUAUCCAUCAUGAGGUCGCUUUUAACAACAGUAGCAACAAUUAUGACAAUAGAUAAUAUAGGAUAUAGUUGCAAUGCUAAUAUUGACCGGUAUUAGCAUGAAUAAAGGUUACGUUAGAGAUACUGACUGGUUAUAAUUACUGUAGUAGGUGUACUCAAGCAGAUCCAUUGAGGAAAAAUACAUGAACAAAACCUCCAUACAUGCAAGAAUGAGGAGACAGCAGCAUCAGGCCUACGCAGGUCCAUGUCGCCCUGAACCUCCUCAGAAGCCUGAUGAUCAACUCUUUAAAAAUUCAAUUAUCUGUCAAAGCAACACAAAUUACAAGCCUGGUGAUUCUUCCAGUUAGUGGCAGACAUUUCUGGUAUCACUGUCCUCUUCCUUACCUGGACCACAACCAUACUCAGAAACUCUGGGCCACGUCAGGUAUCCUGAGCUUGAAAUCCAAGAUGGUUGCCCACUGCAUCAGCUCCAAAAACAGAUGGAAUUUUAAUGGUGUCAAUUCAGUCUUGUUUUGUCAACUUCAAUUGAUCUCACUGAUGCCAUGAUGCAAGUUUUAUCUUUGGGAACGACAUGUUAUGUACAUGCUUCUGUCCGACCUUGUUUUCAAAUGGUAACUGGAACACAGUCAGUUCAGGGGUGACGUAAUUCACGGCUCCAACAUUCAACUGUCCAGGUGAAUGGAUUGCACCAAUAACACCAACUCCUCUACAGUGUGAGCUCCUCUCUGAAAAAGCAGUGCUCUGGAUAACAGCAUAUGUUGCAUAUGAUGCCUCCCUAGAUUUGUAAGCUACCCAUGCCAUGUGCAUUUACACAUACAAUCACGGAUGCUGGCCUUUGCAGUGUGCGCUGAUAAGAAAAACUCAAGGUGCAACAAGUCAACCUUUUUCCAAAAAGAAAGUCAAAUUUUGAUUUGUAUUUUUGUAUUUUUUAGUUUAAACUUGCAUUUGUGAUUGCGGUGAAAAACUGUGUCCACAAAAAAAAUGGUUUUUGAAAGGGAUUUUGAGCUCAUAUGGUGACCUCCGUUAGUCAUUUCUGUUUUUAUGCUGUACCUGAAGAUCACAGCCAUCCAGCAUUGGUUUUCAACCUUUUCUCUUUUCCACAAAGAUUUCUCCAAAACCAUGUGAUGAUUCUACUUAGCUACUGUAGAUGAAGAAAUCCUCAAUAUCUUCGUGAUUUUAGGAACACUAUUCUGAAAUAGUUUUAUUUGCUAACACAGUCUGUUAUAGAACAGUCAACUUCUCCUGAGAGAAGACACUGAAAUGUGUUGACUCCAAUACCCCAACAUGUUUUAAGCCUGUUGCAAAGUAUCCUAAUGAAAGGAAUAGUUCAGUGUUUUUGAAAUGGGGUUAUAUGAGUUACAUGUCACCAGUAAGUGUAUUAGCCCAUAUAGAUGCCAGUCAGUUCUGCCCCUUUAAUGAGAAACUGUUGGGAGACCCUGCAGUCCAGCUAGGCUAGCAGUUCAUUGCAGAUGGUGUCAAACCUGCCCUCUUAUUUUCUGUAAGUGGGAUUGUACUUAUCAGACUGUAAACCAUAUAAAACAUGAGUCUUUCAAACCCUUUACAGCAUCAAAAGACUUCUCUUGUGCACAGACACAUCAAGCAAUAGGACAACAUUGGGAAAUAACACUGAAUGGGUAUUACAGUGUUGUGUUUUGGUGUGUUGGGCCACUGAACAAGCUGCUGUAUUUGGGAAGUUGGAAGUGAGAACGGGCUGGUUGCAGCACAAUGAGAGUGUCAGGUUUCUUAAUUUCUUCACAGUUCAGUUGGAAAGUUCCUUCUUGUUGGGAGAUUGAAUGUCACAGGCUUGAAGUCUUCUGAUAAACUAAUGAACCAGAGUCAUCUACGCCCGGUUGCUCCGCCAGACUAAGCUGGUCAUUUAAAAAAAAACUUGGCAUAAGAGUUUUAACAAACGGCCGUGGAAUAAGCCUGCUGUUCUAACAUUGUGUUUUGACUGUGUUCUCAGGGGAGAUGUAGCCUGUGGAAGCUAACGGGUCAGAGUCAAAGUUUGAUGUUUUUGAUUGUCUCUUUCUCUUGUUUCAACUGUUAUUUUGAAUGUUUUCUGCAAUUAGCCAAACCAAUUUUACUCUCCCCUGGAGGAUUCUCAGAUUUGCUGUGGAUUGAAGAGAAGAAGAGUGGGAUCGCCAUUGUUAAUAUGUCAGAGGAUUUCAGUGAUGGUCUGAAACCAAGGCUCAAAGUUGAAAAAUUAAAACAGGACUCAGCAUAUUUUAAAAGAAAAAAAAAAGAUGCACCAUCCUCAGUCUUUGACCAUUAUUUUGAUUUUAUAUAAAUGUUAUUCUUUUAUAUUAAUGGAUAUCAAUGGACUUAAAUGUCAGUGUCCCUCACCCACAUGCCACACUGCUCCUCUCUCCCUCUGCAAGCAUGCCGAUGACUGUAACUGUCAUAGCUGUAGUCAAAGUAGAAAAAGUAGACGUGUAGUGAUAAGACUCACCUUUAGCUUUUGGGAUAAGUAGCUUUUUAACCAUUAACUGUGGAUGUGAUGUUAGUGAAGUGUCUCUUUUGCUGGUCCACUUGACCCCAUUAGGGUGCGCUGUUAGCAGCUCCUCAAGGUACAAGACAUGGGGAAACCAAACGGGGGGCUGUAAGCCGUAUGAUGAUGCAACUUGCGGGUCAAGGGGAUGACGAACAUCCACUCUGCUUCCUUUUUAUAUGGAGAAAAAUUGAACACUUGACAACUCAGAGUGGAUGUGUCCUCAUCUGUCAGCAUGUUAGUUGCAUCAUAAGAGCUCCUGAAGCUCACACGCUUGAAUGUAUUGGCUCUGUCAGCUUGAAACGAGAGGCACAUCAAUUCCUGCUGAAUUGAAAACAAAAAAAAAAUGUGAGACGGGACCAGGAUUCUGCAAUUUAAAGAUGUCCAGUGAUUUGUGAUGCAUUCAAUGUGCAAACAAGAGGUACUUUGUUGCCCAUUGGAUGUACUAAAACAGUUUGUAUGUCAAUAUGUAGUUGUGAGUCAGGAUUCAGAUUGGCCCUUUGGAAACACAGACAGGUUUAUCACGACACCCGGUCUCACUAAAGCUGCCCUUAAAAAAAGCAUGCAUAUACGCUCUCUAAUGAUCUAAUUGUUCCUAUUAACAAUGUCCUACAAAUUUCAGUUUCACCAGGUUCCUAUUAAUUUUGCUCCUGACAGAAGAAGCAGGCCCACAAUUGUCAAACUGUGGUUAAACGCUGUCAGAGAUCUCUCUGCAUUCAAAAGACCCAGUAAAAUCAAUAUCACUGUUACCAUAGCAACUAAGCACAUGCAUGGAAUCGAGAUCUAGUUUACCCGUUCAGCACUGUUGACGCCUACAAUUCAACACACUCUGCUUUAAAAGAAAGCAGAGUGAAGCCAGAGCUGGAUGCAAAGGUCCAACACAACAGCACUUUGAAUCAGCCUUAAAUUCCUCUCCGUCUGAUCGCUUUAAAUCAGAACAGCCUCCGGUCUGCAUGCAUUGGACUACAAAUGAACUGUGCUACCCAUGGCGGGAUGUUUUUACCCAUGUUUCAAGGCUGAAAAACAAAUUAUUCCUGAAUCAAAUAUGCUGUUGUUGUCUAGACUCAGGACUUUGUGUCUGCUCCUAUUUAGCCCACCCCAGGCACAACCAAUCUGUCUGAGAAAAAUGCAAACUCAAGUGAUUCAACUAAAAUGCAAGGUCUGCCUGAGAGGGGUUAAAGAACCCUCCUGCUUCUACGUUUCUGCAAGAAAAGAAGCAAAGGUGUUCUUAAAAUAAGACAGAGUCAAAUGUGGUUUUGCUCACACUGCAAGAACCCAAGCUGACAGUUUCUGCUCUCGUCCAGAAAUGACUCCCGAUUUUGUGUCUCCCUCCCUCUCUCCCCCCCAUUUGUCUCCACUUCUGCAGCAAUACCCACCCACUGACAUCACGGGCCAACUCAACUUGUCUGACCCGUCUGUCAGCACUGUGGUGUAAAGGGAGAGAGGGCGACACCGAGGUUCGCUCCCCUGAGGAGAGAGGAAACGAGACGAGGAGGAAGAGGACAGGAGAAACCAUCUCCUUGUUCCCUUCGCCUGGAGCUUUCAUUUCACCGCCUGCCAACGGAGCUUUUCAAGGAAACUGCUUUUCGGAGAAGUGGCUGAAAACACUGAACUUGCACCUUUUUUAAAGCCAGGAUUACUUGGCCAUAGUUGUUUGUAUUCGUAGGAUCCCCGAGCAUGCACUGAAGAUCCCAUCUAACUCACGUAUACAAUCUUUUCCUUCUGUAUCUUAUUAGCUUACUUACUUAUCAUUGUUUCUAACUUUACCUGCAGAAAUUUACUUAAUGUUUGGUGUUAACUCCUUUUCAAUUUCCUGACCAGCUGUAUAACUUAGCAAAUCAGGUUUUAGUUUAGUUAGGUUUCAGGAUCAAUCAGUUAAGGUGAAAUUACUGUUCUUGACAUAUCACUUCUAAUUAGAGCUUAGCCAUAGUAAUAAAUAACAUUUUUUUAACAACAUAUACUGCAAUACAAGACGUACUGUACGCUGCAAUGACAUCUUUUAUUUUGAAUAGGAACUACUUACAUCUUUAUCUCCACUUGAAGAUGUUUGAGAUGAAUUUUCUCUCAUUUGGAAGCACUCAUAAUGGCACUAAUAUUAAGGAUAUGACUAAUCUUGUCUACCAGUGAAGAUGAUGCAAGCAUGUGUGUGUUUGUAUAUGAGUUAGAGCUUUAUGUAACUGAAUGAUGAAAAUGAUACUAUGAAGCUUAUAUACUAGAUUCUGUAGAUACUUAAAUUCUAUAUUUUUCUUCGUUAAUUUUGUACAAAUCAGGCAAAUGUUUUUUUUUUGUUUUUUUUUUAAAGGAAAUCCUCUUCAAGAAAAUCUCUGAAGCUUUACAGCUAGACGUAUAGUUCAUGAAACUACAGAUUAGUUGACAUUCUGAUGAAACAGUUCAGUAUAGUUGCUUGUUUUUACCUCCGAUCCUGUUUUGAGACACCCUUUCAUAAGCCAUGUUACACAUGGGGACGCCCUCUCUCUUCCUCUCUCCUGCUGCAGCAGUCUUUCUCAUUUCCAGUCUCCAAAGGGGUUGCAUCAAAGGGCCAGGUUUUUCACCCAACCAGCACUUGGUCUUUCAUGCAAAACUUCCUCCACUGUGCAUGUAGCGCCGGAGAACUUUUACACGAAGGAAGCCGAGUGAUUUGAAAGCGUUGCUUAGCUUGCGAGCUUGUGUGCAGGUCGUGGUUAGAUGCAAAAACAGGCCGUUUCCCAUUUUCUGGAGCUGAGAAACCACUGCUGUCUGAUGAAAAGACUAUCACAUCCCGUCUGUCUGGUGUUGGCACUGCAGAGCACUUUAAGCUGAGGGGUCUCCAAAUCUGUAAAAACAAACUAUUGAUUAUCUAGAGUAGAACUAAUAUCAGUCUGACACUUAACUUCCUCACUUUUCUUUUAAUUUCUUUGUUUUUUUCUUUUUAUUUCCAAGAAGAUAGAAUCUACAAAGUCUUACACUCGUGCAACACAGUUUACUUUCUAAACUUAAACCUACAGUUUGCUUCAGAUCAUAUUCUCAUUCUGCUGUAUGCAUGCUUAACUUGUUCCUAUCAGUGCUUCGGUUUGUUUCUGGAUGCCUGUUGUCGCCGUGUACAGUCAGCCCAGCUGUGUGGAGCGCUUCCAUUGAAUGAACUGUAAAUAGAGUCCGGCUAAGUGUGGAUAGGUUUGAGGAGAUUGUACUGCGCUUGUAUUACGACUGCAACUGAGAAUGUCUUAAAUUAUAUUAACACACGCACACAACAGUUGUGAUACACAGGCAUGCAUUAACACACACACACACACACAUGCACACACAAAGACAAAACCCCUUAAUGAAAGAGUCACUUGUUUUUCUUACCUUUUUCCAAAAAGAUCUUGCAUUGAAUCAUCUUGUUUAUAAAACUGUAAAUAAAUAUACUUACAUUGCUAAAUCUAA